UCAAGUUUCAACUAGAGCCAUUGAAGGGACUCUAACACUUCACCCAGCUCACCGCCUAGCUUUUCCACCGCUUCACCCUGAACACCGCCACCACUGAUUCCUCCAAAUCCAUGAUUUCGCAGAAUCGCACCACAUAACCAGUCAACAACGCAGAGCUCUCUUCGUCCACGGCAACUCAUCGGUCCACCUCAACGCCGCGUGCGCAACAACUAGCACAAUCCCAACCAGCAGCGGCACCCAAACAUUCACCGUCACCUGGGAAGAACAGCAGUAGAACCCAUUUUGCUAAAGAAUUAUGCUGUUUGAAAGAUUACGCGGCCAAUGACAAAAUUAUCAAUGGGAGUCCAGCGACUGAGAUAUUCCAGACUUUUCCAAGAACUCCGAACUCACAGAACUGACAUAUUAUGUUGGUGACUGGUCAUCUAGUUUGCUGAAGCAUCCUCAUGGGAUCGAAUGAGAGGGGAUCCUUACUUUCAGGACUAACAGAUCCUUUGUCUCAAACAAAUAAAAACAAUGCUCCAAAGGGCAGGAGAAUUCGUCGUUGUAGAAGUGCUCCUGUUUCAGAUUAUGUAGCCUUAGAGACAGGCUUACCCUCAGGUCCACAAACCGAUCAGUCCUUUUUCGGAAAUAUACACCCGAGUUUUCGCAUUGUAGCUGCAUUCUUGACUGUCUACCUAGGCUUAGGAACUGUAUGUUUCUACCUAGUCAGGAACCAGCUCAAGGGAGAGAAGACAAAUGGAGUUCUUGAUGCUGUUUAUUUCUGUAUUGUGACAAUGACCACUGUCGGAUAUGGUGACCUUGUGCCAAACAGCGUUCUUUCAAAACUAGUGGCUUGUGCUUUCGUCUUCUCAGGAAUGGCUCUCGUCGUAAUGAUCUUGGGCAAAGCAGCUGACUAUUUGGUAGAGAAGCAGGAAUUAUUGCUCGUUAAAGCCCUACAUACGAGUAAAAAAGUUGGGCAUAUUGAAAUUCUUAAAGAUAUCGAGACAAACAGUCCGAGGUACAAAUGUAUUGUGGUCUUUAUCCUUCUUUUGCUACUCAUAAUUGGUGGCACAAUCUUCCUAGCUACUGUUGAGAAAUUGAGCCUUGUGGAUUCAUUCUAUUGCGUUUGUUGUACCAUCACAACCCUGGGUUAUGGAGAUAAGAGCUUUUCGUCUCAAGCAGGGCGUGCUUUUGCAGUAUUCUGGAUAUUGACAGGUACCAUUUGUUUAGCUCAGUUUUUCCUCUACGUUGCCGAGCUAAACGCCCAAAGCAGACAACGGGCGUUAGUAAAGUUGGUUCUCACUCGUAGGGUGACCAAUGUAGAUUUAGAGGCAGCUGAUCUGGAUGACGAUGGCGUUGUUGGGGCUGCUGAAUUUGUCAUAUACAAGCUCAAAGAGAUGGGGAAGAUUAGCCAGGAAGAUGUUAGACUUGUAAUGGAGGAGUUUGAAGAUCUUGAUGUUGAUCAGUCAGGAACGUUGUCAACAUCCGAUAUAAUACUUGCGCAACAACCUCAAAUCAAGAAGUAACUCUGGCACUAUGCUGGUGGCUUUGUAAGUUCGUGAUAUGUAUGAUUACUUAUUCUUGCUGUGGUAUGAAUUUCUUAACUAGGCCAUAUCACAAACACUCCCAUAUAUCUCUUCCUAUAAGGACUUGGUUAAAACGCUUGGAUUGCUUCUAUGUAUUUUACUCAAAUGGAGAUAUAGCGUACAAACAAAUUUUGGUCCUUCGCUAGAUUGACAAAUGCGACUGCUUAGUUCCUUCAAGAAUUUCGCCAGAUGUGGUUCAGUCUGUUUUGUAUUACGACAGAUUUGAAGGUUGUGCAUAUGCGACGAGGGUGCAGUGUGGUGAGGGCUAGUGAAAGCACACAAGGUUUGAUGUACUGAGGCAGUGUAUAAUGAUCAUAGUGGGAAUGUGUACAUUUGUGUGUUAGCAUGUAGACGUAUUUAUCUUCUGUUUUGCUUUAGUAAGACGCUUCUUUUGUGUACACUAUUUGGAGAGAGACUUAAUCAUACGCCAGUGUGGAAUCUCAAACAAAUAAACGUAUGAUAUCCCGUUAUUCGUUUAGAAUAUUACGGUGGUGGUGUACCGGGGGUGUAAGUCCGUCCUCCAUUUUUAGGGUUCUUUGAGUUGUGCCAGGUGGUAGCCUUUCUGUGAUCUGACCUUUCAAGUCAUUGAUUGAUCAUGGCCUAGAAAGAAAGCAAUCCAGGUUUGCAUUGUGAUUCUGUGGAUUAGAUCUGAGCCCAGCAAAAGCAAUGCUUCUAAUGUCAAAAACUGAAAUGAUUGUGGGGCCACCACCAUGUAAUCCCUACACCUUUUGAAUGAUCAUUCAAUUUGUUGAA